CCCUCGGUCCUCAGGCCACUGGGUUCUUCGCUUUUAUAACGGGGAGGCGACGCCUGCGCCUGCGCAGUGGGCGGCGGCCGGGGCAGUGGUUGCCCUGGCAUCAGCGAGUGAGGAGGCGGCGGUCGCCGUGUUGAGCCGCCGCUGGAGCCUCCCGGAACCGAGAGCCGCCGGCGGUGGGCAAAGAGCGGCAGAAACGCCCGGGGAGGACCGGCUGGAGGAGCCCCGCCAGGAUGAGAGACCGUCUGGCUGAGCUGGCAUCGCACACUCAAAAUGAAGAUGGAGAAGCAACAGUUGUCGUUGAAAGUGACCAUUAUAUGGAAGACUUUUUCCUACAGGUCGAGGAAGUUAGGAAGUAUAUCUCCAAAAUCUCAGAUGUUGUAGAAGAAGUGAGGAAGAAACACAGCGUUAUCCUCUCGGCCACGCACCCAAAAGACAAAACCAAGGAAGAACUCGAAGAACUGAACAAAGAAAUCAGAAAAACAGCAAAUAUAGUCCGUGCUAAAUUGAAGUCCAUGGAACAAAAUUUAGCUCGAGAGGAGAACAUUAACCGAACUUCAGCAGAUGUCCGGAUACGAAAAUCACAGCAUUCAGUGUUGACCCGGAAGUUUGUGGAUGUUAUGACGAUGUAUAACGGAACUCAAACCGUCUUCCGGGAGCGCACGAAAGACCAGAUACGGCGUCAGUUGGAAAUAACUGGAAAAACCACCACAGAUGAAGAACUGGAAGACAUGUUGGAAAGCGGCAAUCUGUCCAUUUUCACUUCAGACAUAAUUUUGGACACCAAGCUGACCAGAGCAGCCCUUGAUGAAAUUGAGUCACGUCAUAAAGAUAUUAUAAAACUGGAAUCGAGCAUACAGGAGUUGCAUGAAAUGUUUAUGGACAUGGCGAUGCUCGUGGAGGUUCAGGGUGAAAUGGUCAACAGCAUCGAAAAGAACGUGAUGAACGCAGUGGACUAUGUAGAACACGCCAAGGAGGAGACGAAGAAGGCUGUCAAAUACCAAAGUAAAGCGCGUAGAAAAAAAUGGAUUAUUCUCAUUAUUGUGCUGGUGCUGUUAGCUCUACUGGCUCUAAUAAUUGGCUUGGCUGUUGGGGUGCCGUGAUGCUUAGCUAACUGCCCGUGAGCAACUGUCUCUCUACCUCUAAAACUGAUGUUCAUGCUAAUUUGUGUCACUCUCUUGAUUGUUAUCCUUGGAGUUAUCCUAGCUGCAUACUUCUCCUAGCGUUUGUUCGGAGGUUGGGAAUCUCCUGAAUCUCUUCCACAGGGCAGCCAAGUUCUCAUCAAGAUGCUUUUUCUUGCCAUAACAAGGAUUUUCUGUUUUCCAAGAUGGCAAAAUUAGUACUUGUCUUGUAGGACUCUAAUGCUUUGAUAUCUGCAGACCUGAAACAAACGUGAAGGAAGCUGGAACGCCUCUGAUGUGGACUCAUUUAAAGGCUGCUUUAAUUUACAAUGCAUGCAAAUAUAUAUGAUGGGUUGCAAACGUCCAGUACAUCAGUGUUACCAGUUGGAGAUGGGUAGAUUCGUCACCCAGAAAUAGAGAUCUUGACAUUUGCCUUGUUUGAAAUUAAAGCAGCCAUAUUUGCCAUUGACUGUAGCCGUAAACACUGUGUUUCAGAGGUAUGUUUCAUGAGAAUAAUUGCGUUUUAUUUUUAAGCAAAAAUGAUUGGGAUUGGGGCAUAAAAUGGCUUUCUCCUCUCUCCAGUUGUCGUGCGUUUUUAAAUCAUCUUAAAACUGCUGCAUAAUAUCGGUAAACAAAAUGUUUUCAACGUUUUAAUCGCUUCAAGACCACAGGGUGGAAAUCUUAAGUGCCUCCUUUUCUAGCAGCAAAACUGCAAACUGUUUUGGGGAAAUGUCAGCACUGUUGUUAAAUAAUGUUAGUUUACUUGUUGUCCCAGACUGAUCUGGUUCACACAUAAAGCUGGGGCAAAGUCAGGGCUAGGAUUCAGUCUUCACACUCAAUUGUCCUCUGGCUGAUCAAAAAUGUUGUAUUUCUUUGUAUACAGAAAGUACUUUGGCAUUACAUUUGAGCCAGUGGUCCUAAUUUAAAGUAAACUCUGCUCAGUUAAAUCAAGUGGCAAAUUAGCCCAGGGCUUGAAAUUGACACAACUUGAAAUUGACUAAUCUUAGUUUGAAACCAUCUUGCCCACGGAAAUUCACAAUUAGCCCAUUGUCUCAUCAAAUGAAAUUAACCUUGAUUUGAAUCCUAUGAUCCUUCAGAGGACGAAGAGCAUUCAGGAUCCCAAUUCUUAGCUCUGCCAUCUUCCUGCUUCCCUGCAAAGCUUAACACUAAACCCAACUUUAGUGUGAUGUGUGAACCAAGCCUUCCUCGCCUUAAAGAUAAUACACUGUGAAGUUUAUUAAGCUAUUUUGUUUUGUGCGUGUCUGUUUUAAUUUCAGAUUUUUCUUUCUAAACACUCAAAAGGCAUGUGAAGAUAAGUGGGAGGGGGGCUGUUUGCACCUGAUUUUAAGCUGCUGUUGAGAAUGGCCUUUGCCCCAUCUUUGAACCCCUUCAGUCAAAGAACUGGAGAAGAUCUGUUUUGUGUGAAACAGGUGUAUAUGUGCAAUUUGGGCACCGUGAGUUUGCAAAGUUGCUUCUGCAGCUCUCCAUAAAGUUAGCAAAGCAGCUGUUGAAAAUGAACUUUUAGGUUGUGCACACAGAAGUCUAACAAUGGGGAACGAAGUUGCCUUCAAGUUGAAUUUUAUUUCUUAAUUCCCCUAAGCUGGAAUAUGAAAGGAAAAGGGGCUUACUUACCAGCGGAGUAAAAUUGGGAUUGUGUUACAACUUGGUCUAAAGUGCAUUCAGUCCUUACUUUUCUGGUUGCUAGCCCGCUGAGGAACUAUGACGAAUAAAGGUCUUUGCGGUCAUCUUUUUAAGGCAUUCGUCUUAAAUUAAACCCUGAUUUUGUUGGAAGAGCUGACUCCCAAGAGUUGAUGUGGUUUGCAAAAAUCUCAUUUUGAUGGUGGUUAGUUGCACUGAAGUCCUGCAGACUUUAAUGGGGUGGGUUACAUAUUUCCCUCUAGGUCUGAACCUGGAAUGUCCAGCUGUUAAGAAUUUUUAUAAACAAUUCAGAGGCCACCGAAACAAGUUGUGUCUUAACCUCGCUUUACUGUUUUGUUUUGGGCAUAGUAUUAUUCCUGUAAAUAUACGCACAUGUAACUGUGUUUUGCUUUCUUAUUGUGAAAGUAUAUAUGUAGAUAUUUAUGCCGAGAAUGAAAUAAAUGGUGAUAGGUGCCUUAUUCAUUUUUUAACAAAA